AUGAAGGACUCCAUGUCAGAAAAGGAGAUCAAAGAGAUUUGGGCUAGGGAUAGAAUGGAAUAUAUGACUGUGGAUGCUGAGGGCUCUACUGGUGGCCUAUUAUGCAUUUGGGAUCCAGGAGUUUUUCAGAUGUCAAGUUGCUGCUGUAAUAGAAGGUUUGUACUUCUCUCUGGGUCCUUAUUCUUCUCCUUUGAUUGUGUCUUGAUCAAUGUGUAUGCACCAAAUGAAGUGGGUCAAAGAGAUAAACUGUGGGAGUGUCUUCUAAAGUUAAGGGAGGAGUAUUCUAAGCCCUGGUAUAUAGAGGGGGACUUUAAUGAAAUUAGAAAGAUUGGAGAGAGGAAAGGCUGCUCUAGGAGAGAUAAGGGGAUGAAGGAGUUGAAUGACUUUGUUGAUAGAAGUGAGCUGAAUGAUUUGCCUUUAUUAGGCAGAAGGUUUACAUGGUGUAAUGCUAGGGAAGGGGAGAAAUGGAGUAGUUUUGAUAGGGUUUUGGUGGAUCCAAAAUGGGUGGAAACAUUUAAUUUGAAGUUGUGGGGGCUUCCUAGAGUAAUGUCUGAUCAUAGUCCUUUACUGCUAAUGGAAGAUGAGAGAGAUUGGGGCCCUAGGUCAUUUAGGUUUGUUAAUGCUUGGAUGUUACACCCAAAGUUCUUACCUUUUGUGGAAAAAUGGUGGAGCGAGCAUCAGGUGGAAGGGUGGGCUGGGUUUAGGUUAUUCCAGAAAUUGAAAGAGUUGAAAUUAGCACUCAAACAGUGGAAUAGUGAAGUGUUCGGCAAAGUAAAUACUAAGUUGAAGAAGGUAGAGGAUGAGCUUCAUAUGAUUGAUUUGUUAGCAGAGGAAAGAGAGCUUGAAGAGGCAGAAAAAAAUAGAAGAAGAGAGGCUAAAGUUGAAGCUGGCUAUUUAACAAGAAUGGUGGAAAGGAAGGGGAGAAAUGAAAUUAAUACUCUAACUGUUGGUGAUGUGGUGGUUGAUGAUCCAUGUAGAGUUAAGCUUGAGGUCCUAGCUUAUUUUCGGAAGCAGUAUUCUGAGGAUUGA